UAUCAACAUUGCACAUACCUGUCUUCAAUACACAGGCCUGUAUAGGUUCAUAAAGAAAGUUAAUCCGGACAGGUAAAGGAGAGGGAAGAAGAUUGCAGAUAUGGGAAUUCAGAUGAAAGCUUUAUUGCUGGGUGCUGCAAUGGCAGCCGUAGCUUGUACAACCAUCAUCGCUUUGAUUCUCUCUCUUGCCAAUCAUCAGACUUUGGAUCGACCAUACUCAACACAGUAUGGGAUUGUGUUUGAUGCCGGCUCCACUCACACGGCACUUUUCCUGUACCAGUGGCUGGGGAACAAAGAGAAUAACACUGGAAUAGUCUCUCAGAAACAGAGCUGUGAUGUGGAUGGUGAUGGCAUAUCCAGCUAUGUACAGAACCCUCUGGCAGCUGGAGAAAGUCUUAAGAAAUGCUUGGAUGUUGCCAAGGCAGCAAUACCAGAAGGAGAGUGGAAAACUACACCUGUGUACCUUGGUGCCACUGCUGGCAUGCGGCUUCUUAGCUUACAGAACAAAAGUUUCGCAGACAGCAUUCUCGCAGAAGUCACCAAAACAAUCCAAAGUUAUCAAUUUGAUUUUCGAGGGGCCAGAAUACUCUCUGGCAUGGAGGAGGGGGCUUAUGGCUGGAUCACCAUCAACUAUCUCUUGGAGAGUUUUAUCAAGCACACAUUUGAGGGCAAUUGGAUCCACCCAAAAGCAGGAAAGAUCCUUGGAGCUCUUGAUCUCGGUGGCUCAUCAACACAGAUCUCAUUCACCCCAAAAGACACAGUGAAUAAAACAGAUUCAGCUUUUAAUCUCCAGCUCUACGGGUACAAAUAUGAGUUGUACACACACAGCUACUUGUGCUUCGGCAAGGACCAGGCUUUGAGGAAACUUCAGGUCUACCUUCACAAGACUGCUGGAUCCUCACCUGUAAUCAGUCACCCAUGCUACCAUGUCGGAUAUAACCUCAGUCUUACUUUGAAUGACCCUUUAAAGCUGUCCAAAUGA